GGUGCGAUGCAAGUACUACGAGGCGGGGCAGAGGGGGCAUCACGCUGCUCCCGUCCAAGCGAUGUGGUUCGUAUGAUUGUUCCUGGUUCUCCUGCGUCUCAGUUCCUCCUUCGGCAAAGCGUCAUCAAGAGCGUGCGUCAGGCCAGCCCGACCUUGAUCUCGUCUCGCUCCCCAACCCAGCCGAACACAGACCAUGUUUCUCCAACAAGACAACCGGCUCGUCUACGCCUACGAUGCGGAGAAGCUCUGGAUCGAGCCGUGGGGGCCCAACGCCCUGCGCGUCCGGGCCACCAAAGCGCGCGAGAUGCCGGCAGAAGACUGGGCACUGCUGAAACCCCCAGCGACCGGGACGGCGGCCCGGAUCGACGUGUCGCCGGACUCGGCGUGCAUCGCCAACGGCAAGAUCAAGGCGGUCGUGUCGAAGCUGGGCAAGCUGACGGUCUGGCACGCCGAGAAGGGCGAGCUGCUGCUGGAGGAGUACGCGCGCAACCGGCGCGACGUGCGCGACCCCAAGUGCAGCGCGCUCGAGGUGGAGGCGCGCGAGUUCCGGCCGGUGCCGGGGCGCGAGGACUACCACCUCACGAUGCGCUUCGAGAGCGUCGACCCGGCCGAGAAGCUGUUCGGCAUGGGCCAGUACCAGCAGCCGCUGUUCGACCUCAAGGGCGCCGACCUCGAGCUGGCGCAGCGCAACUCGCAGGCCAGCGUGCCCUUCCUGCUGUCCUCGCGCGGCUACGGCCUGCUGUGGAACAACCCGGCCGUCGGCCGCGCCGUGCUGGGCCGCAACGUCAUGACCUUCGAGGCCUACUCGACCGCCGCGCUGGACUACUGGGUCGUGGCCGGCGACACCCCGGCCGAGAUCGUCGAGGCCUACGCCGACGCCACGGGAAAGGUGCCCAUGAUGCCCGAGUACGGGCUCGGGUUCUGGCAGUGCAAGCUGCGCUACCAGACGCAGGAGGAGCUGCUCGGCGUCGCGCGCGAGUACCGGCGGCGCGGCCUGCCGCUGGACCUGAUCGUCGUCGACUUCUUCCACUGGCCGCUGCAAGGGGACUGGAAGUUCGACCCGGCCUACUGGCCGGACCCGGACGCCAUGGUGCGCGAGCUGCGCGACAUGCAGGUGGAGCUGAUGGUGUCCAUCUGGCCGACGGUCGACCGCCGGUGCGAGAACUACGCCGAGAUGGUCGAGCGCGGCCUGCUGAUCCGGGUCGACCGCGGCGUGCGCAUCGCGCUCGACUUCCAGGGCGAGACCGUGCACGCCGACUUCACCCACCCGGAGGCGCGACGGUACGUCUGGGACAAGGUGCGGCGCAACUACUACGCCAAGGGCAUCAAGGUGUUCUGGCUGGACGAGGCCGAGCCCGAGUACGCGGCCUACGACUUCGACAACUACCGGUACCACCUGGGGCCGAACGCGCGGAUCGGCAACCUGUACCCGGCCGAGUACGCGCGCGCCUUCUACGAGGGCCUCCGCGCCGAGGGCCACGAGCAGAUCGUCAACCUGGUGCGGUGCGCGUGGGCGGGCAGCCAGCGGUACGGCGCGCUGGUCUGGAGCGGCGACGUCGCGUCGUCGUGGGCCAGCUUCCGCAGCCAGCUCGCGGCGGGCCUGCACAUGGGCAUCGCCGGCCUGCCGUGGUGGACGACCGACAUCGGCGGGUUCCACGGCGGCGACCCGGCCGACGAGGCCUUCCGCGAGCUGUUCGUCCGCUGGUUCCAGUGGGGCGCCUUCUGCCCCGUGUUCCGCCUGCACGGCGACCGCGAGCCGCCGCAGCCGCCCAUGGGCACCACGGGGGGCGCCGCCUGCCGCAGCGGCGCCGCCAACGAGGUGUGGUCCUACGGCGAGCGGGUCUUCGCCAUCUGCAAGAAGUACAUGGCCAUCCGCGAGCGCCUGCGGCCGUACACGCGCCAGCUGAUGCAGCAAGCGCACGCCAGGGGCUCGCCCGUCAUGCGCCCGCUGUUCUACGAGUUCCCCGAGGACCCGCGCUGCUGGGAGACGGGCGAGCAGUACAUGUUCGGGCCCAAGUAUCUGUGCUGCCCCGUGAUGCGGCCCGGGGUCUCGAGCAUGACCGUGUAUCUGCCACGGGGAGCCAGGUGGGUGGGGAUGGAGGGCGGGGACCAGUUUGACGGCGGUCAGACGGUUGAGGUGGCCUGCCCCAUUGAUUACAUGCCAGUGUUUGAGAGGGUAGGUGUGGAGGAAGCACAAAUUUGGUUGAGCGGGGUUGCCGAGGUAACCCGCCUCACGGGGACCAAUGUGGAAUGAUGACGCGUGGCGUAUCAGGGCAAGACGGAGGAAACGGCCACUUGGACGAUCCGCAGCCGCGGAAACUGAUGUUUGAGGUGACCAGUGGAAUGUGGGACACCGGGAAGAGUGUCCCGACGCGGUGGGCGGGAGAGCCAAAACAUCAGGGGGGAAAGCCGAGCGCCGCCCCUGAGAUCGGAGCUGCCUUUGCAACCAUCGAAGGGAAAUGCACAGAGACUCUCUCCAUGGUUUCGCGUCAAUUUACUACGACCGAAAGCCUGCUGGGCCCAACACUCAAUAUUGAGCCGUGUUUAGUGAC